AUGGGGGAGCUGCUGAUAAUGGUUCGUUUGGAGGAACGUGUUGGGCAUUUCGAAGUAAACCUGAAAUGCAUCCAAGAAAUUAGCCUGGAAUUCUUGGCUCAAAUCAAUUUUUGUAAUAUCAUUUGGCUAUGGCCAAGAAUGAAUGAAUGUAAUGUACACUUGUCUGUUCGUCUGUCUGUCUUAUAUGUAGCAUAUAUUGAUGGUAUUAUAGGAUUGGAUGAGAGACAGACAGAUAGAUAG